UUUCGCCGACUGCUUCUCUCAUUCCUCGCCAGCUUCGCACACCUAAAUUUCACCGGUUUUCGCAAUCAUAUCGCCGCCUUUCCGGUGAUCUCAUCCACUAUCUCCGAUCUUCGGCGAUCUCUCAGCUCCUCCUCCGCCACCACACUGAUGCCAGUUGCAAAACUUUUGGGCACCAGUUCCGCAGAUGCUAUGAAAGCAGAGGAAGGGAGUGACUCGUUAGAUACCUUCAUCAGACAAGCGGUUGGAAAAGAGCCUUUAUUUUCAUUCUCAAGGACCGGGGACAGCCCUAUGCAGUGGAUACAAUUACUUCAUGCUUUGGAUCAACAAGACCUUCCUGGUUGGCCCUUGCUGACCCCAAUGAAAGUUCAGAUGCAGAAGUGUGACAAAUGUGCCCGUGAGUUCUGUUCACCCAUCAACUAUCGAAGACAUAUACGAGUUCAUCGCCGGUCUUUAAACUUCCAUAAGGAGUCGCAGAAGUAUAGGGAUUUACUGGGAGCAUUUUGGGACAAGCUAUCUUAUGAGGACGCUAAGGACAUUAUGUCUUUCAAGGAUGUUAAUCUGGAGGAAGUUGCAGGCUCUUCCAUAGUAAGGAACAUAACAGCAAAUUUACGUAAACCAAUCUUUCUCUCUCUUCCGCAAGUUUAUGUGAAGGCUGGCUCUGUGCUUGUGGACAUUAUCCAAGGUAGACCUUCUAGGCUUCCAAUUUCCUCACAGGAAUUGUUUAGCAUACUGGAUGAUGCCAGCGAGAGAACAUUUCUGAGUGCUGGAACAGCUGAAUCAUUGCAAAAAUUUAUUUUUGAUGGAGAAGCUGGGAAAAUUGGGCUCGAGAUUAAAAACUUGAUUGCUUGCACCAGCUUUCUUGCUGAACAGAGAUUGGUUAAGGCAUGGCUUGCAGACAAAGAUGCUGAGGCUUUAAGAUGCCAGAAGUUGCUUGUUGAGGAGGAGGAAGCUGCUCAGAGGAGGCAAGCCGAGAUUUUAGAAAGGAAAAGACAAAGAAAGCUUCGGCAGAAGGAACAGAGAGCAAGGGAUCAAUCAAAUGAGGUGAAAGGAGAUUUAUAUGCUGCUUCUGAUGUAUUCGAGACUACUCCAUCCACAGAAACUUCCAGCCUUCCAACCUCUUCUGGGGUUGAUUUAUUAAUUCCAGACGAAGAUGUCCUCAUGCCUCUUGAGACCAUUCAGUUCUCAAACAACGAAGAAGAUGUCAAUAUUGAAUCUCAAGGUGGAUGCAGCAGCGAUCAUUCAGAUUCCACCGCUCAGAAUAAUACCAAGCAUCCGAAGGCGCAAACAAAUGAUUUACAUCAUCUCGUUACUCGAUGGCAGGUGCCAAAGUUGCAAAAAGGCGGACGAAAUGGGUUUCAUGGUAACCAGAAUGUUAAUACAUUGAAAAGGGAACAAUCACACAAGCACAGGGAACAAAGGGCUCCUCUAGUUAACAGCAGUAAGAUUUGGACCAAGAAACCUAAACCUGAAAAUGGAGGGGAGCUUGUAAAAUCUAGGGUACAAAAUGAUGCAAUUAAUCAAAGCAACUGCCAGCUGAUGAUUGGUUCCAUAUCUGUGACCGUGAGGAGUCCCAGCCAACAUCAGGCCAAUAAUCAGGCCAACGAGGUUCAAGAAAGUGGAAACAUGGAAGUCAAAAAGAGCAGUGUCCAAACUGGCACCAACCGUUCCACCGUCAAAAUUUGGAGGCCUCGACAUGAUUCAAGAGGUCAAUUGGCAGAUUCAAGAAGCAAUAAAGUAAUGGAAGAGGAUGCAAAAGGUGACAUUGAAAUUCCAACUGCUACUGAGAGUUGUUGUCAGUCGAAUGAUGAGACUGACGAGUGUCAGCCAUUACCAUUUGUUGAAGAUGGUGGUAAGCCGGAGGCAAUGCUAUUUUCUGUUGAUGCAGCAAAAGCUUUUCUUGCUCAGAGAUGGAAGGAGGCAAUCUCAGGGGACCAUUCAAAGUUGGUUCUAGCAGAACCUCCUGGUGAGGGUGAUGGUCAUGAAUCUCAGGAGCGCGCAGAGAAUCGCAUCGUUAGCAUGGAGAGUUCAAGCCACAACACAAAUGUUAGAGGGAAGUUUGCAACAAAGGGUGUGAAGACAAAGUACAUUCCAAAACAGAGAGGCGGUGGUAAUUAGGAGGUAGGGAGAGGAAGAAAUCCAAGGUAAAUUUAGGUUGAUGAUGGUUUAUACUGAACGAAUGAAUGAAUGAAGGAACAAUGUGCAGGUUCUAUUAACACCAGAAAGAAACGUUUAUUAAAUAUUCUUGUUAGCCAGAGAGAGGUGCCAGUUUUACGAGUGGCUCCUUCUGUCUGCUGCCAUCUUUUGAGGAGGUUUCAUAGUUGUUUUUCUUUUAUAUGUUGAAGAGAGUGGGGGUUUUGGAUUAUAGUUUUGGAUGGAGCUGAUGCUUUUUUUUGCCAACUGUUGAAAUAAUCGCGAUGCAAUGAAACCGCUGGGUUUGUUUUUUUUGGUGGAUGAUACUUGUUUGCUCAUUUUGUAGUUACUUGAUGAAAGCAGAUGGGAUGUAAUAAACCAAACUCCUUACAUAUGUUUUGUGUUUGAAUCCAUCAUGUUCUAGUCUUU